AUGGACUCUAUCUGGGUACAAAACAUCAUGGAACCCAUGAAAAACAAAGGAGCAGUCGAAGAGCAAGAUUCACCUCCACCUCCAUCUCUGAAUUGUUGUAAUGCGUUCGAUGUGAUGGAGGUCGCCACACGUGAACAUCCGCACGAACGGCAACGCAACACGACACACAUACGCACCGCUGUUUGGUCAAAGAUCUAUCCGCAAUUAAUCACCACGAUUAGGCAUACCCCGUGA